CUGUUAUGAGUGUGGUAAUCUUUGGAGGGAUUACAAAGGGGUCCACAACAGGGGCAUCAGGCUCCUACUAGAGUAGCAGCGCCCCCAGCUAGGGGUUGGGGCAGGUUGCUAGAAGGUGGUAGAGGAGUGACGAUAGAUGGUAGAGCUCACUGAUAUGCCUUCUUUCCAGGGAAGCCUGAGGCAUAGUCUUCUAAUGCAGCUACAGAAUGUCAGAAGAAGCACCGUUCUAUCCCAGAGAAAAGAUUGUUGAGAAGCAAAAGUUUUACCAAAGCGUUCACAAGCACACAUACUUAAAAGGUCGUUAUGACAAGAUCACCUCAGUGGCCAUUCCAGCUGCUUUGGCAGCGUCUGCCCUGUUUAUGAUUGGGAGAGGGAUCUACAAUAUGUCUCAUGGCGUAGGGAAGAAGGAAUAAAUGGUGGCUUCUGCUCAACCAUUGAUCCUAUGGCGGCAAGGAGAUUAUUUCACCUGUUUGUUCUUCUGUGGAUUUUUAAUUAUCAGUAGCUAAUACUGGUCACUUGGAGUCGGACAAUGCCGAUGUAUGGCAUCUGCUAUCAGUACUCUGCAGCAUAACACAUUUGCUCAUCUGUUUGGGGUUCUGCAUACUUGUAUUGAACAGUGUUUGUGUGGAAAUAAACAUGUCAAUUACUGCA